AUGUAGCAAUAGAAUAUAAAUGACUAAAGCUUAGAAUAGCUGCGUUAAAUAGCAAACACGAUUUUUCCAGGGUAGGGUUGUGGAUACUAUCAACAUUUUGCUAAAAAGGUCCAAUAUAUCGAAAUGGAAGGAGCAAAUAGGAUUCCAUAUUAUUUGUUAGAAAAUGAAGAUAAGUCUACAAAUAAUUAUAUAAUUUACUUCCAUGGAAAUGGUGAAAAUAUGUAAUAAUUUAUAACACCUUAGAGAGAAUUCAUUUUCUAUGUUGGACAGAUUUACAAACUAUGUUAAAGCUCAUUUUGUGCUGGUUGAAUAUCCAGGAUAUGGAGGCUACUAAACUACAAUUUUUACAACUGCUGAGUAAAUCGAGAAGGAUGCUUUGAUAGUUUUUGAUUAUGUAAAAUAAAAAUUUGCAGUGAAAGAUAAUCAAAUUUACGUAUUUGGGAGGUACUUUAUAUUGAUUUUAUCAAGAUCUAUUGGGACUGGUCCUGCAUUUUAUUUAGGAACUAACAGAAAUUGUGCAGGCUUAAUAAUUUUGUCUGCCUAUAUAACUCUAUAUAAAUUGGUUAAUGAUAUAGUUCCAAAUAGAGCACACUAUUUUUUAAAUGAAAAUCAUUUGAAUAAUGAAGAGAAUAGUCAAAAAAUCAAAUGCAAAUGCUUAUUUAUUCAUGGACAAAAAGAUAACCUUACAUUCCUAAAACCAAUUUAAGAUUUGUACAAUAAGUAAAGAGUCAUUGUAUUUAAAGCUUGCCUGCACACAUUAAAGAAUAAUCAUAUUUGUCAAUACAUGAAAAUAUGACUCAUAACAAUUUUUUGAUUAAAGAAAACAUAAUUGACCCAAUAAUAAACUUUUACACUGAGUUAAAGGUUCCCAUUGAAGAAUAGAAUAAGAAAAAAGAGUAAGACUUAGAUUGAAAUUAG